GAUUUAUUGACUUUUGACCCUUUUCGCUUACCCCGCUUGUGUUGUGGCUAAGCGAGGACUUUUCUUCCAUGAGCUCGCUUUCAUCACUUGCACAAAGCUCGCUACUGGAUCAUUUUUGAGAGGUGACCAUAUAUACAUGACGCGGAGCUUUUGUAAAGAUACAGGACUACUCAUCGUGCUACUCUUACUUUAUCUCCAGAACAUCCAGCCAAGAUCGAUGUCGUCAUGACUCUAGUUCCUCCUAUACAUAUCGUCGGCGGAGGCCUCGCAGGUCUAACAUUGGCUCGUUGCCUCAGGAAUAGAGGCAUACGGGGUAUUAUCUUUGAGAAGAAUCCAUCACCGGCUAAACACAAUUAUGGCAUUACACUGCAGCCACGGACAUGUCAAGCGCUUCUCAAAGUCUUGGGAACUGACGAACGUUCAUUUCGUGGCAAGGUAGCUGUUGAUAGCUUGAAUAGCGGAAGUGGUCUUGUCAGCAGUGAUAGGUCCAAUUCUGUUAGUGAAGGUUUCUCGCUGCCAUUCCGAGCACAUUGCGGUAGACUCGAGGCGGCUUUACGAGACGAUUUGAAGAUUCAGUGGAGUCAUGUGUUGGAGAAUGUCUCAAGAAGUGGGGAUGAGUGUAUCCUUGAAUUCAAAGACGAGAAGACCGUUGAUGCGAGGCUCAUGAUAGACACAUCUGGAGUUCAUUCUCGAGUCAAGAAAGCGCUCCUGCCGAAAUUGAACCUUGACGUCCUUUCAUAUGUCGUCUUCAGAGGGACAAGACGUAUCGAUGGACGUACUUUCAAGGAGCUGUAUCAGUCAAAAUUUCAGGGGGGAACUACGAUCGACUUGAGGAAGGAUGACGUGCUGCUGCAAAUUUGGAUCAAUGAUUAUCAGGGGGACUCCGAAAGUGUGGAUAUUAGCUACGUCUAUUCGAGACCGACUCGAGAGAACGACAGCUUGCAUCGACCGGGCCGUGCUCCAGGAGAGUCUUCCGACAUAUCUGAGUCCUUUUUCGAGGAGCUCACUCAAUUAUCAGAGCUAGAGCAGCCAUUCAGAGACGCAUUUGAUGGGGAGAAACUCAAGAAGGAUCGGAUUUUGCAUUGGUUGAUGAGAAGCUGUUUGGCUCCUCUAGAUGAGUUGAUUCAGUUUUCGAGAAUAGGUGUUGUGUUUCUGGGCGAUUCGGCUCAUACAAUGCCAAUUCUGGGAGGUGAAGGCGCUAAUUUUGCCAUUCAAGAUGCAGUGGAAUUGGCAGAGUAUAUUGCUGAGAAGGGCAUUGAAGGCGUAGAAGACUUCUACAGAAAGCGGUAUGGUGAAUGGGAGAAUGAGGUGAAGGGGAGCAAAGAGAGGUUGCACGAAAUGCACGAAAUGCACUCAACAACGAGAUCGGUGCUGUAGUAGUGUCAUAAUGAACAUCUUUCGGGACCGCUUUACAAUGGUAUGCUCAGACACUUGAGCAGGGUUGGUGAACUAUUGCUGGUCGUUGACGAUCGUCGUGCCGACUCGCCUAAGCUGAAGGACUUCUACUUGAUGAUAAUUUCCA